ACAACGACCUUAAACACACAGCAAAGACAACGCAGGAGUGACGUCGGGAAUGAAUGUCCUUUAUUGACCCUUCCAAAGUCCGGACUUGAACCAGAUUGAACAUCUCAAGAGAGACCUGAAAAAAGCUGUGCAGCGACACUCUCCAUCCAACCUGACAGAUCUUGAGAGGAUCUGCAGAGAAGAACAGGAGAAACUCCCCAAAUACAGGUGUGCCAAGCUUGUAGCGUCAUACCCAAGAAUUCUUGAGGCUGUAAUCGCUCCCAAAGGUGCUUCAACAAAGUACUGAGUAAAGAGUCUGAAUAGGAAAGUAUCACCAUGGCGAUGUUGACCAUAUUUCUGCUUCUCAGCGCUGCCUUUGCUCUGGGUGAUGCAAGAGAUCUGAAUGACACAGAGAAUCAAAUUAUUGAGAAUCUGAUACGCAACCUGCCAAUCGAGUCUGAGGAGAUGGGAGCGAAGGAGAAGCGGGAACUACAAACCAGGAGUUCAUCAUGCCCACCUGGUUGGCACAGAUAUGAGACACACUGCUAUCACUACGUCCCCAUCAUGGCCAAAUGGCCAGAGGCAGAGCAUUACUGUUUGCUAUUGGGAGGUAACCUGGCGUCAGUGCACAGCCUCUCCCAGUAUAACUUCCUUCAGUCAGUCAUCCAAAGUAGUGCCAACGGAGCCCAGCGCACCUGGAUUGGAGCCAACGAUGCCAUCAAGGAGGGUCUUUGGCUGUGGAGCGAUGGGUCCAGGUUUAGCUACCAGAACUGGGGCCAGAGGCAACCUGAUAACUACAUCCAUGUUGCUGGGAACGACAACACAAAUGGCCGUGAGCAUUGUAUGGAGAUGAACUAUGGAGCCUGCUGGACGCAACUUCCAUUCAUGUGUUCCAGAAAGCUGUAAUAUCGACCGAUUGGGAGAGAAUUCAUGUUCUAACGUUACUCCCCUGGUUAGUCUGUCAUCAUGUUUUGUGUACUUUUAGAUUCUUGCUGAUUUCAUUCAGGUGAUUGUAUUGCCUUAUCUUGAUGAUUGAUGAUUGCUGAUUAUGUGAAGUGACUUUCGGUGUCUAAAAAGCGCUUAAAAUAAAAUGUAUUAUUACAUCUGA